AUGGAUGAAUUGACGGAGCCAGUCCCGGAGGACAGGCGGUAUGCGGACGAGGACACAAGGCCAACGAGCCAGAAAGAGCUCUGGGGGUGGUAUUCAUAUGGCUGGGCCGCGGAGGUGUUUGCCAUCUGUGCAAUGGGCUCCUUUCUACCCAUUACUCUCGAGCAACUUGCCCGAGAUCAAGGCGUACUGUUGAAAGACAAGACAACACCCUGCAGUGCAGACUGGCACACUGGACUCGGCGGCACUCCCAAUGCCACCGCCUUGGAGCCUCCCAAACACACCCAUAACGAACUGCCUGCUUGCGUCAUCUAUUUCCUCGGUGCCGAGAUCAAUACCGCGAGCUUUGCGAUGUACACUUUCUCAAUCAGUGUGCUGAUACAAGCUGUGCUCAUCAUCUCCAUGUCCGCAGCAGCGGACCACGGCCGCUUUCGGAAGACAUUUCUGCUUGUGUUCGCCUUGACCGGUGCGACCGUGACCGCAAUGUUCAUUGUGGUGGUUCCAAAAGUCUAUCUCCUUGGGGCGCUUUUCGCCAUCAUCUCCAAUACCUGUUUCGGCGCAUCAUUCGUCUUACUUAACUCUUUCUUGCCGCUCUUGGUUCGCUACCACCCGUCCAUCGACCGGAGCACCCGACGCCGGGAGAGUCAUUCUGAUCAUGCAAGGCCCUCAGUUGAUACUGAGGCCGAUUACGUGCAAGAGGAUGAUGCUUUGACCGGUCCCACGUCAGCUCUACUGGCGGGGGAUCGUCCUGAUCAGACGACUCCAACUCCUGCAGCAGCAAACUCACCCGAGCUGAAGCUGUCUACGAAGAUAUCAUCGAAUGGGAUCGGCAUUGGGUACAUUGCUGGAUUGUUCGUGCAAACGAUUGCCAUACUGAUCGUGGUCGCGACAGGCUCGACCACAUUUUCUCUACGCCUCGUUCUGAUGGUGGUUGGUCUGUGGUGGUUUGUUUUCAGCAUUCCGGCCGCCAUGUGGUUGCGACCUCGGCCAGGUCCACCGCUACCUGCUGGACUGGCUGGUGGUUCAGGUUGGCUUGGAUACGUCAUCUACGCCUGGAAGUCCCUUUUUAAAACAAUUGGGCACGCCAGAAGACUCAAGGAUAUUGUGAUUUUUCUCGGUGCUUGGUUUUUGCUGAGUGACAGUAUUGCAACAGUGAGCGGGACUGCCGUUCUCUUCGCCAAAACAAGCUUGGGAAUGAAAACCGAAGCACUCGGGCUCAUUAACGUGAUUGCGACCAUAGCGGGUGUGAUCGGGGCAUUCUAUUGGAGCUUCAUCUCUCGCUUUUUCAACCUGGGAGCGUCACGAACCAUCGUGGCCUGCAUCUGUUUGUUUGAGAUCAUCCCGCUAUAUGGGCUCUUAGGGUUCAUCCCAGCCAUCAAACGGUAUGGGGUGUUUGGGUUGCAACAACCCUGGGAGAUGUACCCGCUGGGAGCCAUCUAUGGCUUCGUUCUUGGUGGGCUGUCAUCGUAUUGUCGAGCCUUCUUUGGAGAACUCAUUCCGCCGGGGUUUGAAGCAGCUUUCUACGCGCUUUACGCGAUCACGGACAAGGGCUCCAGCAUCUUUGGCCCAGCCAUUGUCGGCGCAAUCACCGAUCGAUAUGGAGAGAUCCGACCGGCGUUUGUGUUUCUGGCAGUGCUGAUCUUUCUUCCCUUGCCACUGAUGUUGUUGGUGGAUGUGGAUCGGGGCAAGGCCGAAGCAUAUAAGAUGGCUCUGGAGUUGGAAGGGAACCGCAAGGGCACAAAUGGAGAGACGAUAUAUAGUGCCAUACCCACGAUCGUGCUCUCGGAAGAAGAGGAUUGA